AUGGCUUCGCGUGUGGCUAAGAGCGCCAUUGGCGUUACCCGGCUGCGGCCGACCCUUCCUUCGCGCAACGUCGCUGCCAUCACGGCCAACCUCUCCGCAACUCGCUCUGCUUCCAACGUCCCUACCGAAGACCCCAAGCAGAAGGCUCAGUCGAUCCUCGACGCCCUCCCCGGAAACUCGCUGGUCUCCAAGACCGCCAUCCUCUCUGCCACCGCCGGUCUCUCCGUCGCCGCCAUCAGCAACGAGCUCUACGUGAUGAACGAGGAAACCGUUGCCGCCUUCUGUUUGCUCAGCGUUUUCACUGCUGUUGCCAAGUACGGCGGUCCUGCUUACCGCGAGUGGGCUGAGGGUCAGGUUCAGAAGCACAAGGACAUCCUGAACGCUGCCCGUGCCGACCACACCAACGCCGUUAAGCAGCGUAUGGACAACGUCAAGGAGCUCUCUGGUGUUGUUGACCUCACUAAGCAGCUCUUUGCUGUUUCCAAGGAAACCGCCCAGCUUGAGGCUCAGGCCUACGAGCUUGAGCAGCGUACCGCUCUUGCAACUGAGGCCAAACAGGUCCUUGACUCGUGGGUUCGCUACGAGGGCCAGGUCAAGCAGCGCCAGCAGCGUGAGCUUGCUGAGAGCGUUAUUGGCAAGAUCCAGAAGGAGCUCGAGAACCCCAAGACUCUCCAGCAGAUUCUCAGCCAGAGCGUUUCUGACGUUGAGCGCAUUAUGUCCUCCAAGGCCCAGUAAAUGGAGUUUGCUUGAUGGCGUUGCUGCCAUCAACUCAUGUACAAAUUAAGACCUGUUUCUGUGCUAAAUUAGACAUAUCAAUACCAUCUUGAUCUACAAGUUUCGAAGAAUCUUGUACCUGCCGAGUUUGGGGUUUUGUACAUCACAUGUGCCUCGUAAAGUUGUAAAGUAGACCACCGUUUUUCUGAGCCAU